GCCACCGAGGGGCUGCGCGCGUGUAUGACCGCCCCGGUGGUCUGUGUGCGAGGCGACGGGAUGCCCCUCCACCGAGGGGCUGCGGAUGGAGUGAGGGGGUGCCCUCAAUAGGCCGUGUGUCUCCGUUUGCAGCCAUGAUGCCCGUGGCCACCGUGAUGCCCGACGACACGCCCAUGUUUGACCCCAGGAUCCUGCAGGAGCUCGACUGGAGCGAGAACACCACCAGCUUUUCUCCUGCUAUUUCUCCGCUGGAUCCAGGGGAUGGGCUGGUCCUGAGACCGCUCUGCACAGCUGAUUUAAAUCGAGGCUUUUUUAAGGUUCUGGGUCAGCUGACGGAAACAGGAGUUGUGAGCCCGGAGCAGUUCAUCAAAACCUUUGAGCACAUGAAGAGGUCUGGAGAUUACUUCGUUACCGUGGUGGAGGACACGAACCUGGGGCAGAUCGUUGCUACGGCAACGCUGGUUAUAGAACAUAAAUUCACUCACUCCUGUGCCAAGAGAGGCAGGAUAGAAGAUGUGGUGGUCAGCGGGGAGUGCAGAGGGAAGCAGCUUGGAAAACUAUUAACGUCCACCCUCACCUUGCUAAGCAAGAGACUGAACUGUUACAAAAUCACGCUCGAGUGUCUGCCCAAAAAUGUGGAUUUUUACAAGAAGUUUGGUUAUUUGGUAUCUGAUGAGAACUACAUGUUUCAACGGUUCUUUAAUUAAUGACUUCUAGGUGUCCUGGGUUCCCUUUUUUUUUUUUCUUCUUCUUGGAAAGACUGUUGGUAGAGGAGCUUGUGCUACAAACAUUCUCUCCAUGGAAAAACUUCUAUAGUUUAUUGCUGCAUAUGUAAUGAUCCCUAUAAAUAACGAACAUCGAAUGUGUAAAUCUUGGGAGAAAAAAAAAAAAUGACUGAGGUUUUAGAAAAGGUCCUCUGGGUUAGGAAAUAAGUUUAGAACUAAUUUUUACUACUGUUGAGCCGAGGUGAAGUGCUUCUGUUUUAGCUAAGUCACAGAGGACUCGUUAAAGAGAUGGUUUUUAACCAAAGGUAUAUAUUUUUAUCUCAAAUUUUUUUCUUGCAUUGUAUUUUUCUAAAGGUUUGUGCUUCUUUUCUCAGUAGCCAAAGGACAGCCCCUGGGACUGUGCUGCUGGCUGUGCUGAUGGAAGGAUGACGUAGCUGGGGAAGGGAUGAGGCUUCUCUUAUGCAGAAUUAGUGACACAGAACAGCCCUGAGUUCUGGUUUCUUUUUCCGUGACACCUCACGGGAAGUGCUGGUGGCGCAUCAGAAGUUUUAUAGGCACUGUUUUCCCAGACUGGAUUUGUUACUGUUGGUGCAGGUUGGGGAGAAUCCUUACAGGCUGUGCUGAAUUCCCAGUCUAAAAACGGAUGUGUGCUUCUCACUGCAGGGCUCCUGCACUUUAGCUGAUUACUUGGUUUUCAGGAUAAAUUACUUUUUUUCUUACAUAAAUAAAAAAACCCAUCUGUGGUCCGCAACAGGGCAGAGGGGAGCUGGGAAACUGGGAUGUGUGAAGGAAUAUAUCCCAUAUAUAGUAGGGUUCUGGCUAGUAAUCAGUGGGAAGGGGAUUGGGAUGGGCUCAUUGAGCUUCACUGAGGGAGCGGGGGGUGUUCAGCCCAGAAAAACCUUAGAGCCACUUCGGUACCUAAAAAGGAGGGAGAGGAACUUUGUAUGGACAGGGCACAGGGAAUGGCUCCCACUGCCAGAGGGCAGGGAUGGAUGGGAGAUUGGGAAUUCCUGGUUGUGAGGGUGCUGAGGCCCUGGCACAGGGUGCCCAGAGAAGCUGUGGCUGCCCCAAAUCCCUGGCAGUGCCCAAGGCCGGGCUGGAGCAGCCUGGGCCAGUGGGAGGUGUCGUCCCUGGUGCAAUGAGAUGAGUUUAGGGUCGCUCCCAACCCAAACCAUCCUGGGAUUUACUGAACACCCCUGGCCCAGCCACUGCAACUCCAGAGGAGCAGGGGGGCUCUGCUUGUAGCAGGAGGGAUUUCCACAGCAAACCAGGAGAGAAAUCCCCCCCUUCUGCUCCUAAAGGAAUCACUGCUGCUGCUGUGGAGUUCCCCUCUUGCUGCAAGGUUGGAUCAAUGGUUUUAGCGCUUUUGCCAGGGGUGAAAAGCAAAUACCACGCCAAGCCCUGCUGCCAACAGUGGUGUUUUGUGUGGGGAGUGACAAAUCCCACAGCCGUGAAUAGGGCAUUAUACGCAGCCAGGGCUGUUUGUGGGCAGCCAGCCUUCCACACUGUCCUGCUUUGUGCUCUGGAGAGCGACUCUACAGCGCUGGGGGCUCUGCUUGAUCUUCCUGAGGGUUCUCCACUCUGUCCACUGUCUCCUUGGUGAUGUCUGCUUUAUUUAUUGAUUAUUUUUUUAAAAGAAUGUCUUUGUUUAAGCUGAAUAAAUGAUUGCCACCUGUA